AAAUAGUGAUGUGUUGUUGCGAAUAUAUAAUGUCAAAAACUCAUACGAAAUUAAACAAAAAUGAAUCAGUCGGAGCUUCUAAGGAACGUUAGAGACGAUGAAGACAUAAGACCAGAAGUCAGAAGUUUGAUAUCUUCACUUCCUUCAUACACAGACAACUUUAAGCCGCUAGACACCGACAUAAUUGUCACUUCAUACCCCAAGUCUGGCACGACUUGGCUCAAGGCCCUCACAGUCGCUUUACUUCAGAGGUCAGAGGAUGGUUUUCAGAACCAUCCUCUUACCUCUGAUAGCCCCCAUGGUCUUGUACCCUUCCUCGAGAUGAAAUUGUACGUCAAAAGCUCAACACCGGACCUGACUAAGCUCUCAUCAUCUCCUAGGUUGUUCUCCACCCACAUGCCGUUUCAUACUCUGCGAGAGCCCCUCAAGGACUCUCCUUGCAAGAUUGUGUACGUAUGCAGGAACGUGAAGGAUGUAAUAGUGUCACUUUGGCAUUUUAGUUUAGAAGAACCAGAUCAUGUUCUUUUUAUAAGGUACGAGGAUCUCAAAGAAGAGCCUUAUGCCCAGGUCAUUAGACUUGCUGAAUUCUUGGGUUGCCCUUUUACUCAAGAAGAAAUACAUAGCGGAUCUGUUGAGAAGAUCUUGGACUUGUGUUCUCUGGACAAUCUGAGAAAUUUUGGACAUCAACAAGAGUGGGAUAGCAUGGAACAAGUUGCAUCACAGUAUCUACUUCCGCAAAGGAGAAAUUGAUGAUUGGAAGAAUCAUCUCACUACUGAAAUGGCGAAUAAAAUCGACAUGAUCAUCCACGAGAAAUUUAAAGGUUCGGGUUUGAAACACUGAGUUAUAUUUAUGUUGAGUGUGCUUUCUUUCUUUUAUGUAUCCUAAUAAAAGUAAGUUUCAUUG